AAGCCGGCUCACUAUGAUUAUAGAAGCCUAAGUUCUACUACAGACCGCGCUAACAAGAUCCUACGAACACUUGCGGCUAAAAAGCGGAGUAAUAUAGGGACAUUUUUCAACCGAAAGAGGUGAAAGCGUAUCAGGCUUUAGGAUAAGGUACCCUUGGCAGAUUCAAUGAAGAAGUUCCUGACUACCAGCUGUGACAAAGAAUACCAAGGUCAUAGAAUUAACAAGCGUGGCUGUGUGCUCGAACAAAUAGUCCCAUCACCCUUCGCGUUGCUUUUGGCAAUCAUCAACUUUAUAUAAAGAAAGGUUUCAAAGGAUGCGAUUAUGUUUUCUGUAAGUCAUGAGAUGCAGGUGUUCUCAGACAGUGGGGCGCCUUGUGAAUAUCAUCAUAUAAGGAAAUUGAUCAUUGACUCCUUUGUAUAAGUUGGCAUGUACAUUAUGUUACAUUGACGCUCUCCAGAUGCACACUCGACGCCGGGUUCUCAAUAAAUCUAUCCCAACGAUACAGUCUGUACAAUAUGAGUGUACAAUAACAGCAUUUCUACACGCUCAUGCCAUCUCUUUGAGAACCUCCCUUGAAUUGUCCUGCUUUUAGCUUAAGGUCCUGCAUGGGGAUUCAGUUUGAAAUAUUCUGUGCAUGACAAAUAGCCAAAUAUUUAUCAAUUUCUGUUUCAUUAAUUCCUGUGACUGGUUAAUGAUAUUAUAUUGAUGUUUACCAGUGGUCAUGUUUCGAAGAGACUGAGACAUUAAAGUGUCUUGAAUUGUAAAGUGAAAUUAUUACACAUAUAUACUUAUCGCCCAUUUGUCUGGAAGGUACCAGCAUUUGGAAUCCUAUAACAACACACAGUUCUUUCGGAAGACAAUGAGGAGUGAUUAUGUGAUUUGUGACUGGUACAAGGUGUGGCAUUGAGGAGCAGGUGAUUCACACCAGUCUGCCAGCCUAACCUUCGAUCUUGCACUGAAAUAUGAAACUAGAUUCGGAGACAUAGUGAGGAGCACAGAUUCACAUUCUGUGCUUCGUGGGUUCCAUCCAGCAAUGAACAACUCAACAGACUACCCUGUUUAUGAGUACGACGAUGAUGUGACGGCGGUGUUAAACGCUGGCAUCUACAUCAACAACUACUACCUGUGGGCAAUCUUUGCUUUCGGGUUUCCUGGAAAUGUUGCAAGUGUGAUCACAAUUAUUCGGAUGCAGAGGAUUACAACAUCCACGUUUUAUGUAGCUGUUUUAGCUGUUAUCGACAACUGUGCCAUUGUCUUCAAACUUCUGUACCACCAGCUAACGCUUCACCAAGUGUGGCUUGAUUCCAUGGGAUGUAAAGUUCUCAACUUCUUGUCUUUAUUUUUCACGACUUUCGCAAACUGGAUUCUUGUGUUUAUCGCCACGGAGAGAUUUGUGGCUGUCAGAAAACCUCUGAAGGUCGGAAUGUACUGGACUAUCCCUCGAGCUGUGGUCAGUGUAGGUGGCCUUACAUGUGUUGUGACCAUCAUCUAUUGCCACAUAUUUUGGACAUUCACUGGAAAUGGACCAUAUUGUAAGAUAGAUCUUCAGUAUCUACAUUUCUACCGAGACGUGUGGUAUUGGCUUAAUGCCGCCGUAUAUUCACUAGCGCCUUGCUUCCUACUAAUAACCCUGAAUUUUUUUAUCGUCCAAUCCGUCAGAAAAUCCACCAUUGUGCGGAACCAACUUUCUAUGAAGAACGGGACGAAAUCUAGUAAUUCUAGUCGAUCAGUGAGACAAGAAAAACAAAUUACUGUGAUGCUUGUAUCCGUUGCCGUCGUGUUUAUUAUAUUAACGGUACCAAGAUGUAUAUAUGCAAUCGUACAUUUAUACUGGAGUGUUCGGCUCGGGACAAUGGCUGAUGCGCAAAAGUACCUAAUUGACCAGUUAACGUUCUUUCUGUGUGACUCAAAUCACGCAAUCAACUUCUAUUUGUAUUUCACUACGGGCAAGAAAUUUCGUCGUCACUUCUUGGACAUGGUAUUCUGUCGGAAACGGCGGAGAACGCACUUAAAUGUGUCUCAGUCUGGUACAACAAUGACAUUACAUACCUAUAAGCUAACCAAUCUAGAAAAUCGACAUGGCAAAGAGUUGUAGUCCAAAUUGAUUAAGGGUCACACACAUCUAGAAAAAUAAAGGUCCGUUCCUAAUAUGUUUUAUGUAAACAUGCCAUUUGUAAUGUUUAUACUUUAUAAAAAUUACAUUGAUAAACUGAAAGCGAAUUUGAAUUCUAAAGGUAUUGUUUAAUGUUAAUAGUUAUUUGAAUACCAUUGUAAUUGUUUCGUUAUUUAUUCAGUACUUGCAACCACCUGGAGAAACAAACGAUGUUUUCGUACUGUCAUUUCAUAACUUACCGGCAGAAACUAUGAAGUAGAUGUGUCGAGAAGCAACAUGGAUGUUCUUGAGACAAACAGAGAUCGUGCGAAAGAUUUUUAACAGGUGUAUGGUCUGUUGUUGAAUUACGAAUAUGUACAGUUUAAUAAAUGAAUACAAAGCUAUAGGCUAUUGCAUAAAACAUGCUUUGCUGUAUCAUAUGAGAUGUGUGAAUGGAACAGCUAAGAACUGCAUGUUUUUGUGACAGGGAAGUUUUACCUGCAGCUGACAUGUCAUCACAGGCUAAUGUACGUAUCUAACUGUACGUUGUCUGUGGAGCUGCAUAAUGUGUUUAUCCCUUCUAGAAUUAACAUUAUAAACUGUCAUUACUGACACGUGUGAUAAAUAUCUUUAUAAGAUUUCAGUCAUGUAUUUUGUACAUUAUUAAAAUAAUUGUAUAGUUUCAAUGCUAUUUUAGAGGCGUUUUAGUUUGAUUAAAGUAUGUGAUGAACAUUACUAUAUUCGUAGAUAAAAUCAGAAUUGUACUUGUCAUAAAGGAAAUCGCAAAAACUUUACUUUAAAUGCUUAUUUCAAAUACGCCGUGCUAUUUUGCAUGAUCCACAUCAAUACUGUCAGAAAAAAUAAAAUCCAUGAAUGUUCAUUUUCACAUUCAGUGACGUUUUUCUUUAGCUGAACCAGACACAUCUGCUGUGAAGUCUCUUUUGUGUUUCACAAACUAAAACGCCUCCUGAUUUAGAUUAGCCAUGGCCCGAGAGCAGCUAUCGUAUAGCACGUAACAUUGGUGAACUAAAACGUUUGAAGUAUGUUCACGAGGAAGCGAUUUUCUGCAUUUUUAUAGUGUUCAUCAUCAGCACUUAAAAUAUAGCAUGUAAAUAUUCCAGUCUUGUUCCAAAUUUCCAUCAAGAAGAACAUUGGUUUUCUUCUUGUUGUGCUCCAGACACGUUUCAACAUCUGAACAGAAAAAAAACUUCAAAUGUUAGUCUGCCUGGAUGAUAACAUACAACCCUUCAUGAAGUAUGAUUAUCUUCCUAUGAUGUUCAGUCCUAGAUCUAACACAUAACUACUGUGUAAAGUUGCCAUGUUGAUCAGAUUAUGUGUAUCAGCACUAUUCAGUGCCUGAAUCCAUGCUCUGUUACACAAAUAACGAAUUAGGAACAUAUGAGAGAAAAGGUAUUUUUAGAAAGUAGAUUUCAAAGAAAGAAUUUCAGCAUUCUUACAAUGGUACAAUUUUAAUAAUACAAUGGUAUUAUUUUACUUUUCAUAGUCGGUUAUGUAAACAACAUGGAGAAAAAAAUUAUUAUUCAUGUUUUGGUAAAGGCUAAAAUUGUGUAAGUAUGUUUUACUUUCUAUCGUUUCGAGACAAGAUUUGUUGUAACUACAGAUAACAAUAUAUUGUCAUUGGAUGAGUAAGCUUUGAUACAUUUGGGUAAAUAACAAAAUACCCGAUCGUUGUCAUUGUUUGCUACUUUAACUCUACGUUACUCGCUACAAUUAUAUUCCACAGCUGAGAAACAUUAUUGAUGGGCACAAAGUGACCAUUUCAGUGAAAUGAGCAUUUCAGUGCUGUAUCUGUAUCAGCACUCAUGAUGAUGAUUUACGUCACAUGUACACGAUAAUGUGAUGGCACGGAACCAUUCAGUCUAUCAUUGGAUCCAAGAAUGUUUUCGUUCUCCCUAGCCUGCAGGUGUGCUUACUUCAACUUAGGUUUGCAAAUGUUAACCUUAUCGAUGUUGUUGAUAUUAGUGACACAUAAUUACAAUAAAAUCAUUAAUCUUAAUGAAUGAAAGCUCUCGAAUCAAAUCUGUAAUUUUAUCGGUUAUUGACCCUGUACCUUUUCCUCAUUUUACAAAACCAAGAUUGUUCUUAUUUAUAUUUUUAAUCAUAAUUCUUUAUUUCUUUUAUCAUGGACUAUUAUUAUGAAUUAUUUUGAUAACGGUAGAUGUGAAAUGUUGCAUUGUUGUAGCAUUUACUUGUAUGUAUUGUACAUAAAGUUGCGAGUGGUGCUCUACGGAAAAUUGUUAAUACUUCAGCUGUCGCUGCUCUUUGUUGUACAUAUUUGUUGCUGUGGGAAUAUUGCACCCUGUGUCACAUCUCUGAUUUCCCAGUGGGGCCUUAGAAAUAAAAACAACUAUUGCUU